UACAAUUAAAACAGCAGCCCUUUUUCAGACUUCCCCUUAAACUUUCAAACUAUUUACUGAUACAUGCCACUGCCUAUUAAUUAAUUAAAAAAUGAAAUUCUCGAUUUCUUCUAUUCAGAAAUAAAUUCUCGAUUUCUUCCAUCUCAACAAAAAUAUAUUUUCGUUGUAACUUAAUAUAUCUUAACAAACUGAAUAUGAUAGAUUUCUCUAACCAAUUAUAUCUACAAUUAUUUAUAUCCUUAGAAUAUGCUUAAUAUUUUCCAUUUUAAUUGUAUCGAUUAUCCUCUUUCUACUUCGACUACAUAUCCUAUAUAAAUAUCAAUGUCAAACACAACAAUUCUAUUCAUUCAAAACCUCUCAACUGUUUUCGGUGCUCUACAAUAAUGGAGUCCUUAAUCGAAAUCAGCAACUUGAGUGAUCUUAAUCUUUUCAAAUCUACAUGUCGAGUCCAUGUUAAAGUUCUUCAUACAUGGGAGUUUAUCAAUCUUACAAAUGGUUCUUCUCUUGAGAUGGUUUUAACAGACGAAACCGGUGUUAAAAUCCAUGCGAGUUGCAAAAGUUCAUUAAUCCAGCGACUCCAGAUGCAUUUUCGUGUUGGAAAGUGGAUAGUUAUUACUAAAUUUCACUUAAGUCCAGCAUCUGGGGUUUACAGAUACACCAACCAUGUUUACAAAAUGCAAUUCGGGGAUCAGACUACUGUUACUGAUUCUGAUAUGCGAUGCAACAACAUGUUCCUUGAUCUUAAGGAUUUUGCCACCAUUUUGAAUGGUUCACUUGACACACGCUAUCUUAUUGACGUGAUUGGUCAGGUAAUGGACUUUGGCGGUGUGGAUAUUGUUAAUCAUGCAAGGAAAGAAGUGACCAAGAUGGUGUUUACUCUAAGAGAUGGCAGUGACAGACGAGUUAGAUGCUGCAUUUUUGGGAAGUUAGCUGAAGUUUUGAUCCAAGAACAAAAACAACCAAAUAAUGGGGAUAUUUGUUUGAUCCGAUAUGCUAAGCUCAACAACUACACACAUGAUGAGUUACAAGUAUCCAAUGCAUUUGAUUCUUCUCUGGUGAUGCUAAACCCAGCAAUCAACGAAGUGGAAGAACUAAAACAGAUGGUUCAUGCUGAUGAUAACUCCGUGAAUAUGUACCAACAUGUUGGAAAGAUUCACAACCAAUCAAAGCGCAUUAAAUGGUCACAGUUUCCUUUCAAAACCAUUCAGGAAAUGAAACACACAGAUAAGGAUGCCAAAUGCCGAAUAAUUUGCACUGUUUAUGCCAUUGAUACAUUGAGAGGAUGGUAUUAUUGUGCUUGUGUGGUAUGCAACAGGCAGGUUCUGAAAACGAGGAUUGUCUAUGAUGACAUGGAUUCUCCAAGCUGGUUUUGUGAUUUUUGCCAUCUCACUGUUACUAAAAUUAAGCCAAGGUACAAAUUGGAUUUGCUUGUGCAGGAUCAGACUGGUGAAUCCAAAAUUACACUUCAAGAUCCAGUUGCUACAUCUAUUGUGAAAUAUUCUGCUGCAAAAAUCGUAAAUGUUUUGUCUGAUAAUGGAGAUCCAGAUGUGUUACCGGCUGAACUUGUGGACAUUGUGGGCAAAACAUAUGGUUUUGGUAUCUCAGUUGAUGAAUUGGAAAAAUUCAAUGCUUUAAAAGUUUGGAAUCUGAAUGAUAUUAUGUGGAAGAGAAUCAAAGCAGUUCACCAGAUGUCGAUUAGUUCAAGGAAAAAGCAAUGCACCAAUGUGAUCAAGAUUGAAGACAAAGAUCAUACUGAAGACACAGAUUAGUGUGCUGUUUUAUUUUUAAUUUCUAAAUGUCUAUUGGUUUUAUGUUUUUUAGGGUUAGUGCAUCUAUUUUAUGUCUUGAUUUAUUUCUAUUGUUUUUUUAAACCUUGGUUUUCAGUUUUUCAUUGGGAAUAAAAUAAUAAUUUCGAUUUUA